AGAUUGAAUCAAUCACAAUCAGACUCAACAUCUCGUUGCUCUGAAAGUGGUGUUAGAAACUUCUUAUAAUAUUAUCAUUGACAAAGACUGCAGAGGACACUAACUCUCUCUCUUCUCCAGCUCUUGGAACAAGUUGAGUGUUUUUCUAAUUUGUAGAGCUCCAUAGCAGCAUGUCAGAACUAAGUUCAGCGCCUACAAUGGAUAGGACUAGGUCGUCUAGGAGGCUUCAAAGGAGGACCUGUACUUACACCUCUCAGGACGAUGUCCGUGUGAGGCUAUUGAAGAGGAGAGCCAGAGAAGACGAAGCAGCACUGUCCUCUUCAGUGGACGUUCACAGAGAAAACCUCAUCUUAUCUGCGGAGGAUGAGAGCAAGAGAGGCGGUAAGAGAGAGAAGAAGAGGAGGCCAGACCUGGACCUGACAGAGACCAAGGACGACAAACUGUGCACCCCACAAAAUUUGCCCGCACACGUUCAAAGAGAGCUCCCUAGCACGUCUGAACUAAGUUCAGCGCCUGCAAUGGAUAGGACUAGGUCGACUAGGAGGCUUCAAAGGAGGACCUGUCCUUGCACAGAGACCGUCUUGCAGCACAGGACAAUGGUCUCCGAAAGUGAACACCCAGACACCUCUGAAGAGGAGCUCCGUGAGAGACUGUUGAAGAGGAAAGCCAGAGAAGACGGAGAAGGACCGUCCUCUUCAGUGGAUGUUCACAGAGAAAACCUGACGGAGACCAAGGACAGGACCAAACUCUACUCUGCACAAAAGUUGCCCGUCCACAUGCGAAGAGCUGCAUUCGAGGCCAAAUACAAACAACAGAAGAAGCUCGGCGAAGGAGGGUGUGGAUCUGUGUUUGCUGGCUAUCGCAAAGCAGAUCAUUUGCCUGUUGCCAUCAAACACGUUCCAAGCGAGACUCAGUUCAUCAAACACGUGGUGAGUUAAGAUCUGCUGUAUUCAACACGGCACUCUCUUAUUGGAUGUAUUAUGGAUGAAUCCUGCUUCUCUUCUUUGGAGCUUCUC